CUCAAAAUUCACGUCUGGAGCUGCAAUUCACAUCUAUCUGGCAAGCGCUUUGGGACGCUCCGAAGAGGAAAGCUUCACCAAGAGCUACCAGUACGAGAGGCAAAUCAAAAACUUCAGAGACACAAGAGACACCAUGAAGGAAACACACACUACAGGAGAGAAUUGGCAGGGAUGCGACGACGAUAUCGACUCGGCAAAGGCGAAAGAUACCACCAUGGCUACCGGUACAGAAUAUGCCAAGCAAUUUAUCGUUAGUGACCUUGAGUCCUUGGAAAGCAAGGAGAGCAUCCCACGUUGUCCUCCUGUUUGCCGUCCUUGGCGUCCCAGCAACCAAAGGUUUGAGAAGUCUGAAAGAGCGACAGUCAUGCCUCUUCGCAAACCUCAGCGCCAGAAAACUACAGACAUCAACCAAUGGAAAAGGUGCGUAGACGACAUCGAAGAUCCCUCCUCGACGCAAGAUGACGGUAGUACCAUAUUGGGAAAGCCCGAACGUUCACCAGCCACAGAGAAGGAAGGAACGAGCGACCUUGUUGCCCUGCCCUUUGCUGUGGCCGAGGAGAAAGAAAGGAAUGAACAAGGCAAGUAUUUGCGGGUUGUGGGCGCGGCGGAAACGGCAAGGCAGAAGAGGAUUGCGUGGGGAUCCAUCAUUUUGUUGGCUGCGGUCAUGCUUCUUCCUCCUGCCCUUUUGAUUCGCACGUUGCUGGGAAACGAAGCAGUUUUGGGCUAUUGCUUUGGCCUCAUGAUUGCAGUGCUACCUUUGUCACUCGUCGCGAAGCUCGUUGCCUCAAGAACUGGAAGUAAGCUGGCUUUUGUUCGGAGCUCACCGGUCGGGUUGAGGAAGAGGACGGUGCCAAACAAUUGGAUCCUCCGCUGUCGAAUGUCGGGCCUGUCUUUCCCGCAACUCCAAGCUACCGAUUCUCCAUCAGUUGCGCCUCCCCCAUCCGCUGAUGAUGCCGCCCAUCCAACCAAAGACAAAGAACCCUACAACGGUGACACCCGUACUCAAAAGGAAACCAAUCCAGUUCCAGAGCCAGCAACAUCCCCAUCCCAAGAACCAAACAAACCUCAGGAGCCACCUGCACCAGUUCCCGGGCCUUCAAAGCUGCUCCCACCAAAAUUCCUCUGCGACCUGUGUGGAGUGCAAUUCAAGACUUGGCAAGAGCGGGAUCGCCACGUUAUGUUUGAUACAGGGCACUUAGGACAAGUCUAUGCCAAGAAAGGACUGGUCAUUGACGAUCAAGUUGCCGAGGAGGCCUGUCAUCAAAUGGCAGUCACCAAUUCAGCUCUGGAGGGGGAUGUUGACUAUUCCAAAGUCACAGAUUCCGCUCGAAUGCUCCAGAGCGAGUACUAUGAUUCGGUUGUCGAAAUGGCCUUGCUUAACUAUGAAUCCUUCCAUAGCAUGGAGCGUGGCACGGCAACGUUUGCAUUGGUUAAUGGGACCUCUGCAGGGAUCCGAGGCUGGGCUGCUUGUGCCAUUAAUGAUGUGCCAACACAAGACGAAAUUCGACGAGAAGUGGAAGCAAUGGUAUGUCGUGUUUUUCCAGAAGAGCUUGACAACGUUAAUAAAAUGAUGCUGCAAUUCAAGGGCCGCGAAGAAGAGUUGGUGGAGACAUUGAGGACUCUGCAAGAAAGAGGAGUGGCGCAAAAGGCACGCACAGCCACGAAGGACAAGAGGGGCGAUUCACAAGUUGUAGAAAAUGAAGUGUUCUUGUCAACACCGAACAAACCCACUGGUGUCACCAAAGAAGAUUCGACAGAAAACAAGACAUCCCGCCGGGGUGACCAAGAGGAGACCCAGAUGUUGCGCCGCGCCAUGAUGGAAUCCAUGCUCGAGUUGGAAGGCGUUCGACCCCCUUGCCACGUGCAUGAGAAGGAUGAGGAAUCCAUCUGGAAUUCUGAGGAGUUUGAAUGCUACUCUGAUGUGGACACCUCUUGUGCGCAAUCAAACCACUGAGCAGUUGAACCUUCGACUUUUGCGUGGCGGUAGGAAAACAAAAUCAUGGAUCUUUGGCACGCUUGAUGGGAAUGAAAGGAACCUCUCCCGUAGAUUGCUGUAAUAGUCUUGUGCUAUAUCUUUC